AUGAGAUUAGUAAAAAAGCUCUGCACAAGCCUAUUAUUGAUAUUAGCUAUCUUAAUAGUAGGAGUUUAUAUUUGGGAGUGUAGAAACUACAAUGGAGUAGUAUAUCACUAGCAUUAGAAGUAUGGAAAGGUAGAAAUAUCUAGAGAUCAAUAUGCUAUUCCUCACAUCAAAGCAAAGAAUAUAUAUGGCGCUUCUUUUGGUCAAGGAUAUGUCCAUGCUUAAGACAGGCUGUUUUAAAUUUUCUUAAAAACAAAGUUAGGGAGAGGUGAAGUUAGCUCUUUGAGAGGCGAAGCAGGCUUGCCAUAUGAUAUUUUCUUCAAGACACUUGGACUACAAAGAAUAGCAGAGGAUAUUAUUACAAAGUUAGAAAAAGAAGAAUUAGACGUCAUUCAAGCAUAUUGUGAUGGAUUCAAUUUUUACUAUCACUCUCUCUCUGUUAAACCUUUAGAAUUUGUUAUCAGUGGUAUCACAUUCUAAGAUUUUACACCCGCAGAUGUCAUAAUAAAUGAAAGAAUAAUGUUCCUACUACUUGGUUAUGAGUAUAUUUGGGAGCCAAUCAGAACAAAUUUAGCUAAUUAAUUCACUGAAGAUGUAGCAAUAAAAAUGUUUGCAGGUAACUCUGAAUCCCAAUUUGUAGAAGUUACAGUUGUUGAUGAUGAAGAUUUGAAAUAAGAAAAUCUUUAUCAAAAAUACAUCAAUGGAAAAUCUUUUUCUAAAAGAGCUAACUUUACAGAAUAGUAAAAGCAAGCUUAUCUUUCAACUUCCAUCUAAAACGUAUUAUUUGAAUUAUUAUCAGUCCCUAAUGGAAGCAAUGCAUGGGUAAUUCACGGAAAUCAUACUAAAUCUGGAAAGCCUUUACUUGCAAAUGAUCCUCACCUUUCAAAUUCAAUUCCAUGCACUUGGAUUUAAAAUGAAAUGUUGAUAGAGGAUGAAGGUAUAGUUGCAAUUGGUUCAUCUAUUUCAGGUAUUCCUCUCAUUUAAAAUGGUAGAACAGAUUAUGCUGCUUGGGGAACUACAGUACUAUUUGCAGAUACUUCAGAUCUCUAUAAGGAAGAAAUUAAGGGUAACACUUAUCUGGUUGAUGGAUAAUGGAAAGAGAUUAAAGUUAUCAAAGAAAACAUCAAAAUUAAAGGUAAAGACGAACCCCAUGUCCUUGAAGUAAAGUAUACUCACAGAGGUCCUAUAGUUUCAUACAAAUUUGAUAAAUUUGCCACAAAUCCAUUAAUUGAUUUAGGUUUUUCGGCAUCACUCUGCUGGAAUGGUGAAAUUAGAAAAUCUACACUAGUUAGUUCUGUUUUAAAAUUAUAUAGAGCUAAGAAUCAUUAGUAAGUUUUAGAUGGAUUUGGACAUAUAGUAGGUCCAGUUCUUUCAGUUGUCUAUGCAACAACUGAUGGAAAUAUAGGUUUUUAUGGAUAUGGUAGAAUUCCUGUACAUAAAAAUACUAUCCAUUCUUAAUUCAUCAAGGAUGGUACUACAACUGAGCAAGAUUGGGUUCGUUUUACUACCCCUAAAGAAUAACCUUAAGUACAUAAUCCUCGCAAAGGAUUUGUAGUCACAGCUAAUAACAAAUUUGCUACAGACAAUUUAAAGGGUUUCUUAUCAGUAAACUUAAUUUCUACACCAAGAGCUUAUCGUAUUACUUAAAUGAUAGAAGAAAAGAUCAAAAAAGGAUUAAAAUUUGACAUAGAAGAUAUGAAAAAGAUGUAAGCAGACACUGUUGAUUCUUAUGGAUAAGAUAUUCUUCCUUAUCUUUUUAAAAUCUUUAACAGCAAAGCACAAACUAUUUUAAGUUAAUAAGAAUAUGAAAAGGCUCUAAGAAUGAUUAAUCACCUAAAAGAUUGGGAUUACAGAAUAGAUGCAAACAGUUACUAAGCUACUAUUUUCUUAGGAUGGGAAUACAUCUUUUCCAAAAGCUUGCUUCAUUCUUUUAACACAACAUCAUUUGACAGAUACACUUUAACAAUGGGUCCUCAAUUUGAGCAUUUUUACUUCAAUUAAAUCAAAAAAUGGAGUAAAGAAUAAAACGAAAAAGACUUUGAUCAGUUCUGGUGUAAAACUGAAGAAAAUAAAAAUUAAAAAUACUCUUGCUUAUAUAACCUCUUAAUUGCUUUUGCUUAAGUUGAAGAUUAUAUGACUAAUGAGUUUGGAACAUCUGAAGUAAAGGAAUGGGAGUGGGGUAUAAUACAUAAAAAUAACUAUCCUCAUACUGCAUUUGCUAAAAUACCAAUUUUGAGAGAUAUUUACAACAGAUAAGUUGAAAGCUUUGGAAACAGAAGAACAGUGGCCGUUUCAAUCUAGAAUUGGAGAGGAGGUACAUUCGAGUCUGCUUAUGGAGCAAAUUAUAGGAUGGUAGUUGACAUGGAUAAAUAAGGAAAAGAUUACUGGAUUAUUGAUACAGGUAUUUCUGAAAGCCUUUUCUCUCCUCAUUAUGACGACUAAUUUAAAAUUCAUAAAGAUUUUGGAUAUGUAAACAUGGAAAGAGGUUUUGAACUUUUCAGAUAAAAUAAAAAAUAUUAUUAAACUCUCGAAUACCUUGCUCCAGCUUAAAAUUCUAAUAAAUAAAACAAUAGUGAAUUGUGA